AUGGCCAACAAUUCUCCCCAGAACAACUCUAUUGUGGAAGGCGCUUCUCCAUCAAGCUUGAUUGAAAACCCAAUUGAACGUGUGCCGAAUGAACUACAAAUCCUACCGCUAGAUAGCCCUGAGAUAAAGGUACCGUCAAAUAAAAGCAAUCAGUCGUUUGUUCCAUCCUAUCAAGACCUGGAGUUGCCACCUGCUUUACCAGGGCAGGAUUCAAAAGUAGAUACAAGGGCGAAGAUGCCUAUCCUGGAACAAGAAUUGGAAAUAACCCAGUUAGAAGACGAUCCAGAGUGCCCAAUAUUUACCGUCAGAUCUGUCUUGCUUGGUUUAUUACUUCAAGCCGAUCCACCUGCAGAUGAAAUUGCCAUUUAUGCAGAUAACAUCCAUAAUCAUUGGCCGAAGCUGCGCGUUGAUUCCUGGACCCAUCUGGUGGAAUCCAGGACAUUUCAGCAUUUGUACGAAUUGUAUUUUGGCCAAGUCGUCAACUUCGGUGUUGCUCUUGGAGUUUUGGUGGGCUCACAGCUCCUGGCAUAUGGAUCAGCCGGCUUACUACAGCCUUUCUUGGUUUAUCCGGCUCGGAAAGUCUAUCCCGAGACGCUUCCCUGCAUUUCCCUGUUCAGUUCGCUUUACAAAGUGGGGUCUCAGUCCGAUGAUCAGGUGAAAUUUUUCAAGAAAAGUUUCUUGGCCAUUGGAAUUUAUGAGCUCUUCCCAACAUACAUUUUGCCAGCUUUCCAAGCCAUCAGUGUGUUUUGUUUGACGUUGCCGAAGAACCAACUUGUCACCAACAUUUUUGGUGGUGCUCGACCUUUUGAAGGCGUGGGGCUUCUCAACAUUUCCCUAGAUUGGUCCAUGGUGGGUGGCCGGGGACCAUUAUUUAUGCCUCCAAGCACACAAGUGAGCUCAUUAGUCCUGAAAUCACUGCCAGCAAAUGCACUAGGAUGA